AUGGUACUUACACAUGGCAAAAAGACAAUAUCAGUACCAGUGAGUAAACUGGAGACUAUAUUGGGUGUUGACAAGAGAGCAUUGGCUGUUUUUAGAUUCUUUGUUGGAUUUAUUGGCAUGGUUGAUAUUCUAGAAAGAUGGCCUGAUAUUAAAGCACAUUAUUCAGAUGAAGGAUUCUUACCAAGAGCAGUAGUAGCAGAUAAUUAUUGGAAUACCAAUUGGUUUUCAUUCCAUUUAAUGAGUGGAGCAGUUCCAUUUAUGCAAUUCUUAUUUUUAGUUAAUAUUGUUAUUUGUUUUAGUGUAAUGAUUGGAUAUCGAUCAAGAUUAUCAAUGUUUUUACAUUAUAUUUUUGUUUUAUCAUUACAAGCAAGAAAUAAUAUAGUUGGACAUGGUGGAGAUGUAUAUAUGAGAGUUAUUAGUUACUUUGCAUUCUUUUUACCAAUUGGUUCUGUGUGGUCAAUCGAUAGUGCAUUUAAAAGAAAUGUUCUAAGAAGAGAAACUAAAAAAUAUAAUAUAACAAAUUUUGCAUCAUUUGCAAUUAUUUUACAAAUCUUUUUCCUUUAUGUAUUUUCUUAUGUACACAAGACUGGUGAUGAAUGGAGAAAGGAUUAUACUGCUACUUAUUUUGCAUUGCAAUUGGAUUACUUUAGAACUUUUGCAGCAGAGUUUGCCCUCAACUUUCCCGUUUUGCUCAAGUUUAUGACAGUGGGUGUACUGUAUUACGAAGGUUUUGGUAUCCUUUUAUGUUUGUCGCCUGUUUGGACUGCCCCAUUAAAGAUUAUUGGAGCACUUGGAUUCUUUAUGUUGCAUGUUGGAUUUGGGUUGUUUAUGCGUUUGGGUAUUUUCAGUCCCAUUUGUGCAACUGGAUCGUUGUUGUUGUUCCCAACCUACUUGUGGGACAAGAUCAUGGACCGUGUUCGUACCAAGGAGCGUUGUGACUUCCAAAUAUACUAUAAUGGGCGUCCGGGAUACAUUAUGGCUGCUCUUGCCAGUACAUUCUUUUUAUUGCCCGAGGUAGAGGUUGGACCAGCUCCAUCAUCAUCCGAUGAAAAAGAGUCACGUCUGAUGGAUGGAGCGGCAUCCGAGUCGAUUGAUAUCGGUACGCCACACGGUAACUGGAUCAUCACCAAGGACCAUAAAGGUAUCCGACACACAGGUGUCAAGGCACUAGCAUCGAUUUGUCGCGCGUCUCCAUUGCUCUGGCCAAUCUCAAGAGUUCUCGAGAUUCGCAUGGUCCAAUAUUAUCUCAAGAAAUCGGUUGAUUUUGUCGAGCGUACUGUCAACAAGGUGCGCGAUGAGAUUCUCGUCGUACGUCCCCAAUCACCCUCCCUCGAGACUAACAACCACCACCAACAACACUACUACCAAAACAAUCACCACCAAUACCCAGUUCUGGAAAGUAUCGGAGGUAGCGUACCGGAUGAAGCGACCAACCACUACUACCGCCGUCUCAACCGAAAGGUUCGAUUCAUUAAAAUGUCCAAACACGCCUUUUUCAACGUCGUCGCUCUCGCCUCUAUCUUGUUGGCACUUGGUUGGAACUGUAACACGGUCGAUUGCGGUCUUCCAAUUGGCCUGCCACCCCAACUCAACUGGGUACUCUUCUCGCUGCGUCUCGACCAGAUGUGGUCUAUGUUUUCCCCACGUCCGCCUGCCAUCCAUUGGUGGUACACAUUUGAAGGUGAACUAGAUGACGGCACGCAGAUGGAAAUGUGGAAUAACGAAGGACUGUUUACAUGGAAGGGUAACCCCGCCCCAUACUCUCGUGAAAAGCCAUAUCCCUAUGCCCCAUGUAUCGGUAACCAUCGCUGGUUCAAGGUAUACGAAAACAUGAAUACUGGCGGUGGUUACGAACUCAUCCGUCUAGGUAUGGGUAGAUGGGUAUGUCGUGAAUGGAACCUCCGUCACCAAGGUAACGAACGACUCCACAAAUUCAAUAUUGUCUAUCGAAAUGAAAAGCAACAUCUCGAUGGCACACGGUCACCUCUCAACGACAUUGUCCUCUGGAGUCACGUCUGUUAUGAAAAACCUGCUAUUGUUGCUCCAACAAUCCCUCCUCCACCCGUUACAGCUGCUCCUCAACAAAUUCAACAGAAUGAACAACAACAACAAACUCAACAACAAACUCAACAAACCGAACAAAUUCAACAACAAGCAUAA